AUGCUAGAAGACUAUAGGAUAUAUGGAGAUGUUCUUGUCUUUGAUACAACAUACAGAACCAACAGAUAUAAUCUUAUAUGUGCUCCAUUUGUUGGCAUAAAUAACCACUGGCAUAAUUGUAUGUUUGCUUGUGCUUUUAUUGGGGAUGAAACGACAGAUUCAUUUGUGUGGUUACUACAAACCUUCUUCAAAGCCAUGGAGGAUAGAAAACCAACUUCAAUAUUCACUAACCAGGACCAAGCAAUGGCAAAUGCUAUACUGGAGGUGAUUCCUAAUACAAGACAUAGACUUUGUAUAUGGCAUUUGGAGAAAAAUGCCAUAACCAGAUUUGGAGCUCUUAAAAAAGACAAAGAAUUCAAAUUUGCAUUCAACCAGUGCUUAAAGAUGUGUGUGACAGAACAAGAAUUCGAAGCAAAGUGGCAAGCAAUGUUGCAAAAAUAUGAGUUGACUGAACACUCUUGGUACAAAAGAGUGUAUGAGUUGAAAGACAAAUGGUGUCCUGCCCUUUGUAGAGAUUUCUUUUCAGCAGGGAUCUUAUCGUCACAAAGGAGUGAAAGCACUAAUCAUGCCAUAGGAUUCAGAGCAAGUAAAGCAACUACUUUGACAGAAUUUUAUACCAUAUUUAAGAAGACAACUAAUCGUUGGAGAAGCACAGAGAAAUAUGAUGAGUUUACCUGUAGCAAGUCAAUAGCAUUCACUUCAUUGCCUCUAUCUGGAAUGCUAAAGCAUGCCGCACAGGUUUUCACUUUAUCACUCUUUAGAAAUUUUGAAGAGGAGUUUGGAUACUCUAUGGCAACAACUGUUCAGAUGUUAGGCAGUAAUGAAGAAUGCCUACUUUAUCAAGUAACACUAGAAGACAAGCCAUGGUCUGCACAUCAAGUAACUAUAUACAAGAGAGCCAAACUGUAUGGUGUACUUGCAAAAACUUUGAAGCAUCUGGAUGUAACAAGAAUACUAGACAAGUAUGUUUCAAAAAGAUGGACUAAGUUUGCAAAAAUAGAGGCAUGGGAUAGGUUGAAGAAUCAGGAUCCUAAACAGCAAUAUAUUCCAUGGAGGCAAACAAUGAUGAGGAAAUACUACAAUCUAAUCUUAAAAAGUCAAGAAAAUGAAGAGACAAGAGCAUUUAUGGAAGAAAGCUUUAGAAACAGUCUUAAAAUGGUGGAAGACUUACUUGCUAGUGCUGCUCAGAAAGAAAGUGCAGAAGCUGCUUCUAACAUUCCUGAUGUGGCAGACAACACUCAAAGCAAUACUGACGCUUCUUCAGCAUCGAGUACAAGCACAUGUGUACCAAUAAUUCUUGAUCCUAAAAGGGCUGUAACAAAAGGAAGAAGCAAGAGAGCAAAAGGAGGACUUGAAAAAAGCAAGAGAAAAAGAAAACCAGCACUGCCACCUCCAAAUUCAGAAUUUGGAUCAAAGACACCUAACUUACGACUCUUUUAA